AGAGGAGGAGUCGCUUCGUCAACUGUUGGCCUCUCGAGUCUAAUCUGGAUUAGAGUUUCCAGUCUAGUCUGCAGCCAGGACUCCUAAUAAUCACAUUAUUCUGUAUUGAGUUGACGCCUCCUGCAGCAGGAAGGGAAGGAAUAAACGAUGUCAAGCGGUGGCAACGUCGCCGGCGCGUUUAUCUUAAAGCUGAACGGUUUAUUUCUAUGCAAAAUGUUUUAAAGGAGUUUGGCACGACGUAGAUUUGCGACAUUCAUUCAACGAGUAAAGUUGAAUGAAUGAUUUGUUUGUCGGUGGAUGGUGUCCGCAUCCUCCGUGUGCAGCGCACCGGGCUCUGCAGCAUCCACACCGAGCACUGCAGCCUGCACCUGAAGCACAUUUCUGCACAGACACUGAUAUCACAGGAGCAGCCGGGGCAAACAUGCUGGAAUCAGCAUCCAACAUGAUGGACUAUGAGCAACCCAGCAAGUCUACCAGCUCUAGUGCCAUGCUUCAUGUCUUCUGGGACUGCUGCGCCAUUUUGUUGACCACAUUCUCACAGUAGCACCUUGUUGACAGGCUGCAAUGGAGGAGAGCAAGCUCAUCUUCAGCCUGGACCGCCAUGAUGAAGGUCCCAUUGUGGCUUUUUCCAAAGAUAAACCACAAGGCAGGGAGAGCCAGCCUGACCUCACCCUCGGGAUGGAUUUGGACCUGAGCCAAGGCCACCGCUCUCAGCCCCCCUACUUGACUCACUCUCCUUCAUCCCCGGGCUCUUUAGCUGAUCUAUCAGCAUCAUCAGCAGACUUGCUCGUCACCAUCAACCUUGUCAAAUCCUCCUCCACAGACCUCGACCCGAGCGAGAGCAGCUCUCUACGAGGCAAACCUCUGCUCAGCCUGGUCAAGUCCCUGAGCACAGAGAUUUCCCGCCGGGUUGAGCCGGAGGUCAACCUCUCCAAAUCAGACUCGAAGCUGCAUUUACAUCCCUGGAAGCAGCCCACCCAUCCAAAGAUCCCAGAGGCCAGGCCUGAAGCUGGAGAACUGAGUGAGAAUGACGACUGGGUAUCACCUCUUUCCACAGGGAGUAUACCUCUCGCUGAACCCCGGAGCAGCUCGCUGAUCGCCGAGUUCGAGGACACACGGAGGAGGUUCUCUGAGGCCAUGCAGGAUCCACUGAGCAUGCUGAGUAAGAUCAUGGGGGACGAAAGCUCAGGCAGCCCCAAGCAGGGGAGGGCUGCUGCUGCUGCUGCUGCUGCUGUUGGAGACUCACCUGCUUCCCAAGGCAGCUGUGGAAAAGAUGUGGUCAGUGAAGAUGUGGAGCUUAAGUGCCGGAAGAGAACUGAUGGUGAACAUAGGUGUGUGUCUGACACGCCAUUGAGAAGAAUCCAACAGGGCUCCUUAAUAAAGUCCACCACCUCCCCAGAACGCCACAGCAGAGACAACAAUUACGAAAUCCGCACUUAUGGAGAUAUGAUUCAGGUGGUGGAGCUCCAGAAUGGAUCCAGAGGGACUCAUCAUAGAACUUACCCCCAGUCUCGAGUCACAGUGCCAGGCUCAUCACUGCCUCUUUACUGGCUCCUCCCUGUGGGUCUUCUAGCCUAUGGUUUCUUUGUGUUACCCCUGCCCUCCUAUAUGACAGGUCUGUCUGUGGGGAUUGCAUGUGGCUUCAUGUUGGGCCUGGUGGUGGUGUUUAUGUUUGCCCCGCGUAGCAACAAGGGUUCUCGUUUGAAAAGAACCAGACCCCUGAAUAUGGAGCCGCUGGACGGGGAGCUCACAGAUCCACAAAUCCUGGAGGGCUGGAUGAAUGAGACGCACAGCUACGACCCUGAGACUUUCCACCCCUCCAUCACACAGUCUGUCCAUGUCACCCUGGAAGGCAGCCAGCUGCGCCUGGCAUACCCACGUGCCAAUAUCUCCCGGUGGGCAGGGUUCGACGAAACGGCCCAUGAGGCUUCAUUUUUGCGUUCACGCACUUACCAGCUGGCUAACUGUAAGGUGUCCCUGUUGCCGCCUGGUUUGGCUCGCAAGAGGGUGUGGAACAAGAAAUACCCCAUCUGUAUCACUCUGGCUGAAGGGGAGGUAGGGGAGGAGAGUGUGGCUGAAGGGCAGGAGGAGGAAGAAAGGGCAGAGAGACAUAUCGUCCCCGACCAGCAGCUUCCUGUCACCCUGCACCUGUUUGGCCGCACAGGGAGAGAGAAGGAGGAGUGGUUCCAGCAGUUCCUGUCUGCCUCCCGGGCUGGAGCCCAGAAAGAAAGUGUGAGCGGGGAGGAGAACACAGAAACACCAUGCAGUGGAGACGCUGUUAAAGGAAGCACAGAGGAGCUGCACGACUUGCCCGGAGCUAUGAAAACAAGAACGCUAUUGGACUACAGCAACUACAUGACUCAACUUAUUGUCUCACAGAGUUACAAUCCCACCCCCAGCCCCUGCCAUAAUGAGAUGGGAAGCCCCACAACCCACAGGAAGAUUCACAAUGAAGAGCAUGGAUCUGGAGGUCAAGCUGGAAUUGAGCCCAGCUCAGGUUCAGGAACAGGGGGAUGCUCUGCAGAGGGUCAGCCCACAUGGGUGAACUCCCUGGUGGGGAGAAUCUUCUGGGACUUUCUCCAAGAGACGUACUGGACGGAUCAGGUGGCACACAAGAUCCAGAAGAAACUCAGCAAGAUAAAGUUGCCAUACUUUAUGAAUGAGCUGACACUGGCUGAUCUGGACAUGGGCACAUGUCUGCCUCAAGUCCUCAGCACCUCCAAACCUACACUGGACCGCAGAGGCUUGUGGCUGGAGCUGGAGUUGGUGUACACAGGUUGCCUUCAGAUGACCCUGGAGACUAAGAUGAACCUGUGCAAGCUGGGUAAAGAUGGAGAGGACGAAGCUCACAGCGUUCCAGACACCCAGCAAGUUGGCUCUAAGCCCAGACUGUGUAUACUGGCCGAUAGUGAUGAAGAGUCAUCCAGCGCAGGCUCGUCUGAUGAAGAGGAAGUCCCCCUCUCUGAGCCACAGGGGUUGGUGGGUGAUAAGAGCACAGCAGUAGCAGCUGAAGGGCACACCGGUGGCAGCACAAGUAGGAAGAUCUUGAGGUUUGUGGACAAGAUAGCAAAGUCUAAGUAUUUCCAGAAAGCCACAGAGAACGAGUACAUCAAGAAGAAGAUAGCUGAGGUGUCCAACAUGCCUCUGAUGCUCAGCGUUGAGGUCCUGGAGCUCUCUGGCACUCUGGCUAUCAACAUCCCACCACCCCCUACUGACAGGAUAUGGUACAGUUUUCGGGUGCCUCCCAGGCUAGACCUUCAUGUGCGUCCCACACUCGGGGAGAGGGAGGUCACUUUCACUCAUGUCACUGAGUGGAUCGAGAAGAAACUGCAGUGCGAGUUUCAGAAAGUGUUUGUCAUGCCAAAUAUGGAUGACCUAUAUCUGCCGCUGAUGACAUCUGGCCUGGAAAACCCAUCUGCAUCCCACCAAUCCUCAGUCCAUUCCUCAUCCCACCAGUCCUCCAUGGAGUCCCAGGAUUACCUGUCAGAGUAGAGCUCAUUUGAGGCCACAGAUGGGAUUGUGUCAAUGCAAAAUGGGCACUGUGCAGUUGUUGCUGUGAAUCUCUGACAGAUUCUGAGGCUGCUGCAGCUGCGUGCCAGCUCUGUGCUCGUCAUCACGAGGGCGUUCGUUGUAACCAGUGCAGGAUAGAUGCCUCCUGAGGACUGUGAGCAUGGUGCUACAGUGGCCCCUACUGUGAAGAUAGUUGAAUUCUAAUUAAUACCAUGACAAAAGUGAAAGCACAUCCCAAAAGGGAACUUUUGUGUCUAAUGCCAACCCUGAUAAAAGAUGCAAGACUCAAAAAAACUGGAUGUCUUUACUGCACGUCAAAACAAGAUGUUGUUGAUGACUUAAAAGAACGCCCAUUGAACAAAGCAUCCAUCCAUUUUCUAAUCCUGUGAUCCUUCUGUUGACUGUAAGUUGGAACAAACUAGAAACUGAAAAAGAUGGAGAUGAUGCCCUGAUCUGAUUACGUUCAAUCAUUGGUGCAUGUCAUUUCUGAACAGUGUUAAUGCUGCUCGUGGAUUUAACAGUGAAUAAAACCUGUUCAAAACUUUAAAUCUAUGUCAAUUGAAUUCAAACUGCACACAAAUUGGUAGAGGUUGCCAUUAAAAC